UGCGGAACGCUCGUUUCUACGUUUCGUUCUUGGUUCUCCUCGUCACUUGUCUCGACUAACCCGUACGAUCUCCGUACGAUUCACGUGAGUGUGCAUCUUUGUCAUUUACGUGCGUGCGUGCGACCGUUUACAGAUAAUUGCGUGGAAAGAAAGAGAGAGAGAGAGAGAAAGAGAGAGAGAUAAUCGCGUUGUCUCGCGCGAGACACGCAGUGUGUUGAUGCGGAUAUCAGUUCCCCCUCUAUCCAUCGGAAUAGUGUUUUCCGCUCCGCCACUUUCGGUCGCUGGAUUUCCCGUCGUCUGUCUAUCUCGUUAUCGGGAUAUGUCAUCGCCGCGAGUGCGCGACGCAGUGUCCGCGGAAUAGUUCUCUCAUCGUCCCACGAGUGUGGGACCACGAGUGUUACCUUCCGAGGGAGGUUUCUUUUUUUUCUUUUUUCUUUUAAUACCGGGUCUCGUCCCGAUUUUUCCCGGUGUGCAACGAGCAGGAGAGCGCGCGCUUCUUGGAUUAGCCGCUCCCCCUCGUGCCGCUUACGUCACGGCGCGCCAACCCGGCGAGAGAAUGAGAGUGCCUUCGCCGUUGUUGACGAGUGCCUCGUGUGAUUAUCCCGGCAAUAGUAGUGAUAACUCAACGAGAUCGCCCUCGGUCUACGUGACGACGACGACGACGACGACAGCAGCAGCAGGCGUCAUUGCUGCUCGCUCCUCCUGAACGCACGCGUGGAACGGGACCGGCUUCGGGAGCGAGAACGACUGGCCCGCGUGGCGAUGUCGGUCCAUGCGGAGCAGGCGACUGCGGGAAGUGGUCCUGAUAUGAGACACCAUCAUCAUCACCAUAACCACGCGCAUCAUCACUCCAACAUACAUCUCUCCACGCAUGAUGCUCUUUCGCUCUUCCGUGCCCCCGUUAGGGUGAAUCCUGAUCCACAAAUCCAGUCUAAGCUGGGCAACUAUUCGCUGGUGAAGCAUCUACUCGAUAAGCCUAAGCGCCUGUUCGGCAUCGAGCAGAGUGGCAUCCCGCAGAGUCCGGCGCCAUCGCCGACGCCCUCCGCCCACAAGUCGGGCACGGACAGCUCCGGCAGAAGCUGUUCCCCGUCCUCGGGGCCGGAGUUCAAGAAGCCUGGUGGACUUCGGGGCACGAGCGUCGCGUCUUCCUCGUCGAGUGCGAGUCACCAGCGGGGCGGCUUCGUCAAACCCGCUGAUGGCAAACCGCCUUACGGUGGUCGGGGUGGUUAUCCCGGCCAACCGGUUAAGCACGGCGGCAACGAUCAUCGCAGCCACGGAUUACUUCCGGCUAAGGGCCCGCCGCUGCCUCAACCAUCCUCCACGGGGGGGAGCAACGGCACGGUGCCGAUCGGCAAUAUCAGCGGAAGCGUUACCAGCGUUACCAGCGUUGCCGGUAACCCCGGCGGCAGUCUUUCAAGCCGCACUCAAUUUGCCUGCCGGCUGAAGCUGAUUGAAGUUAACGGCUCUGUGCGAACACCGAUUGAUACUCCAGACGUAGAAAACAUUUUAAAGGAGAUGACCGUACCACUCACACCACUGACGGCGAUCGCGCAGACACCGCGAAAGGAGCAGGAGUCCAAGUUCACCUUCAACCCUCAUCUGGCGAAGUUGACGGAAGUCGCCCCACCAGAGCCUGCAAAGUCUCAACGCCAGCAUACCGCCAUCAAACCACCUGCGAAUAUCGCGGAGGAUCUGAUUUUGUCGGAUGAAGAGAGCGAGGAUGAGGAGAACAAGGAAACAUCGUCGAGAUCGACGAGAGGAAACAGGAGUCCGGAUCUCACAGUCGUUCUAUCGACACCAUUGACCAUGAUGACUUCGGCGCCGCCGCCUUUGACACCUAUGUCGCCCAUGAUCAUGUCACCCGUGGGCCCAUUGUCACCCUCGCGACCGAUCAGCCCGUCGAGAUACCCGUCGCCGCCGCCGAAACGGAUGACACCGGAGCGAAUGCUGUCUCCUCCAGCGGGUGUCAAUCAUCCUCUGCCAUCCGCAUGUUCCCCGACGAUGAAUCCGGUUGUCGUCGGCCAACCGUCGAGUCCAGCCGAGGCGCCGCAUAGCUCUGGAAGCGCCAGCUCGAGCUCGGAUUCCGGUUCAGAUUCCGGCUCGGACAGCAGCGAUGAUUCCGAGGACGAAGACGACCUGACCUCGGCACCGCCGCCAUCCAAGGGGCCUACAACACCGCCCUCGGUUUCACCGAAGCAGGACAAUCUGGUGGAACCGCCGCCUGCGGAGGAACCUCGUCGUUGGGACCUAAUUUCUUUUCUGCAGCAGAACGGCAAUCAGAAUGCCGAAUCGAAACCUGCUCAGGAUAAUGCCAGGCGGGAGAAUACGCAUGAAAUAACGACGGAGACCAGAUCACACAGGGAACAGUCUCAUGAUUGGCAGCUCGGCGAGACCUUGAAGAGGUCUCAUAACAUGAGUUCUCUCAGCGAUAGCGAUCAUCAUUCUGAUCAGGAAAAGAAUCAAUUGGUUGAAGAUAAUCGUGCUCAGACGGAGAAGCCAAAAGUGGCCGAUACUAAGAAACGCGGACGACCCAGGAAAUCCAUCAAGAGUCCGAAACGCAGUCACCGAACGUCGGACGAUAAACUGAAGAACAACAAGUCCCGCAGCCGGACGAGAACGGUUGCCACUCCUGGCAAGAAAAAGCUACCCAAAUCGAAGGAAACGGUGACCUCAAGUGACGACGACAAUGACUCGAAAUCGCAAAGUGAUUCCGACAGUGAUCGUCGACUUACCAAAGUGUCGGCCGUGGUACCAACAAGAAACGAAAAGAGAUCGAGACUGAGUGUGUCGUCUAGCGACGACGAGAGUUUGCCACCGAACAAGAAAAAUAAUAAUAGUGCCUCCGAGGACGACACCGCGCGAUGGACAAGAGUUCCCCCCAUCAAGCGGAGCAACCUGUUGGACUCGCCGAAGAAGCAGGAUCAGAAGAAAAGUUCUGCCAAAGGCAAGCCUAGGCAGCCCAGAUCUAGAGUGACCAAUGUAACCGGCGGUUCGGAUUCCGAUAGUGAAUCAGAGAUGUCUGUAAGGAGUAAUCGCAUCAAAGUCGCUCGAGUGCCACCCAGACCUCGAGCACCACCAACGAGGACGACCUCGCCUGAUAACUCUGAUAGCGAUAACAGCCCGGCGUCAAAAUUGCAAGAGGAUGACGCCGGCAACGUGCAGGACAAGAAGAAAAGCGACACGCUGCGCCACGUCUUCUCGACGUCGAGAGGCAUCGGGAAGACGGGUGGUAAAGGUGGGAAAGGUGGUAAAGGCGGUGGUAAAUGCGGUAUCUACGUAGAGGAGUACACGAGUAAUUCUGCUACGCACACACCGACGGGCGGGGACAGUCCGUACAAAAGACCGUCCUCGCGGAUGUCUAGUGGUGGCAACAAUCCUCUCCUGCGCUCCCCUCCAGCGCUCACACAUGUGAACGGCGUACCAAGUCUUAUGUGCAAAAUCGAUCUCAGCAGGAUAUCUUUGCAUCUUUUUUCGAAUCUAUCGAGAGGACAAGAGCUCAGACAACGCACGGAAUUGCCUGACACUAGGCCAUCUUCGAGACAAAGACCAUCCUCCAGUUUAGCGACUUUGCAACCACCGAGGUCGUCUACACCAGAGGAGGGUGAGAUCAUCGAUACGCCGCCUCCGCAACAGCAGGUCGUGUUGGAUCGUGCGAGAAUCCAUCGUUCCGACGGAUUGCUAGGCGAGAGUGAUGGCAAGAUUUCACGUUCUGCAAUCAAGACCCAACCGAUAUCGUCGGACUCGAAGAGCGGCGGUACUGUUCUUGGAGGUGCUGGUAGUGCUAAUAGUGUCGGUACGCUUGGUAGCGCGCCUAAGAGGAAACGUAAUCCGAGUUGUAGUUCCGUGUCUAGUUUGAGCCCCGUUCAGUGUUCGGUAGAUGCGAAAGUUAAGAAUACAUCCGAACAUAAAGACAGAAGCCGCAAAAGACAACGGAGGCAUGCCAACGACGGGCUAAUGUCCAGUCAGCAGAGUGAUAUCCAACCGACGAAUCACGAAAGGGACGAGAAACCAGAUACUAGUUUAUUACCGCCACCGCCUCUCCCAGCUCAGCGCGUCUACUAUUCUUACUUCGAUCCUCAAAAUGAAAUAUUAGAAGAUCAGGAUAGGGACCAUGACCAGUACCUGACCGAAGCUAAGCGACUAAAGCACAAUGCCGAUGUGGAGAACGAUCUUACGGCACAAGGCAUGAUGUAUCUAGAGGCUGCUCUGUAUUUUCUUCUAACAGGCGACGCGAUGGAAUCAGACUCAGUUACAGAAAAAGCAUCGUAUACUAUGUACAAAGAUACUCUUAGUCUCAUCAAAUACAUCUCGUCGAAAUUUAAGAGCCAACCGAACAAUUCACCUGAGAAUAGCAUACACACUAAACUGGCUAUCUUGAGCCUUUGGUGUCAAUCACGUUUGUACUCCAAACUAUAUAACAUGCGCAAACAGGAAAUGAAAGAGGUUCAGAAGAUCGUCAAUGACUUCAAUCAAAAGCAUUCUCAGCAAUCAGCAGCUCAAACAACACCUGCUCAGGCGGAAGGACAGGGCACGCCUUCUCUUUCGCCAACACCAUCGCCUGCUGGUUCUGUAGGUUCCGUCGGUAGUCAAAGUUCCUCUGGAUAUAGCAGCAGUGGACAACAACAACAACAACAACAACAACAACAAUCAUCGGCACAACAACCACCGGUACAACAACCACCGGUACAACAACCACCGGUACAACAACCACCGGUCAAUGGCCAUAUUAGCGUGCCAUUGCAAGUCUUCAAUGCGAUGAUAAAGCAAAAUCAGUGUUCAGGCUUACUUAUGAAUGGCCACGACCUAUGGGACCAGGCAAUAAAGCAGGCGAGACAGGAAGAGAAUAGAAGCUUUUUCAUCGACUUGGAUCGAAGAUUGGGACCCUUGACAUCGUAUAGCUCGCUACGUGAGCUUGUGCGUUACGUUCAAGCGGGUAUAAAGAAAUUGCGAGCUCUCUGACCACAGUGGCAUAGCCCCCGACCACCCACUCCAAACUACGUUACCUCCCUUCCGCAAAAUAUGGUCACUUACCCGACCAUGUACACGUAGUGUUGCGUAGCGUCGUUACAUCGGUCACUGUGACUUGUCCAUCAACAGCCGGCGAUGUAUGGAAAAUGGGAAGGUGCGAUAGCGAUGAUACAGCGAAAUCAUGGAUUAUUUUCUUUGCGAGAAGUGGUCUUGGGGGAGGGGGGAGGGAGGGAGGUGCAACCGAAUCGAUAACGGGGGGUCACAGCAAUCUAGAAAAAGGAGAGAAAACGAGAGCAGCUCGUAAGAGUCUCCUUUAAUCGGACGACGUAGGGGCAUUCUUGAUAUAAAUUUAGCAGCAAGUUUAUAGUCAAUUGCAAAGCGCGUGCCUGAGGGGGCGAAGGGAAAAGCGAUCGAUCGAGAGAGAAGUCGCUUUAUCUUACCACGGUGCAUAAACGAACCUCGUGCACUUUGUUAGAGCACGUGUUACUUACUCUCGAGGCGUAAUGAAAAAUUGUUGGGCGGAGAUGAUAUCGAAACGCUCGCGAGUGUAUUAGAUUUCUAGCAAGCCGCAGUGAUAACUCGUGUCUAUUUUUUCCGAAGUGUCCGCUUUUGUA